GGAGAUUUAGAAUGGGAAUUUCAGGUCUGCUGCAGUUUAUCAAUGAGGCCUCAGAAUCGGUCAAUGUGAAGAAGUAUAAAGGGCAGACUGUGGCUGUUGAUACUUACUGCUGGCUGCACAAAGGAGCCUUUUCUUGUGCAGAGAAGUUAGCUAAAGGAGAGCCCACAGAUCAAUAUGUAACUUAUUGCAUGAAAUUUGUGGAUAUGCUCCUCACUUCUGGUGUGAAACCCAUCUUGAUUUUCGACGGAUGCAAUUUGCCUUCCAAACAGGAAGUAGAGAAGUCACGCAGAGAGCGUCGGCAGGCGAACUUGCAGAAGGGGAAACAGCUGCUUCGAGACGGAAGGCUGUCUGAGGCCCGCGAGUGCUUCACACGCUGCAUCAAUGUCACGCCAGUCAUGGCCCAUGAUGUUAUCAAAGCUGCCAGAGCUCGUGGUGUGGACUGUGUUGUCGCUCCCUAUGAAGCAGACGCUCAGCUGGCCUUCCUAAACAAGAGCGGGAUCGCACAGGUAGUGAUUACAGAAGACUCGGACCUACUGGCUUUCGGCUGCAAGAAGGUGCUCUUGAAAAUGGACAAAUUUGGAAAUGGACUGGAAAUUGAUCAGGCCUGUCUUGGGAAGUGUAAACAGCUGGGAGACGUGUUUACUGAGGAAAAGUUCAGGUACAUGUGCAUCCUCUCGGGCUGUGACUACCUAGCAUCUAUCCCCGGUAUCGGUUUGGCCAAAGCCUGCAAGCUAUUGAAGAUGGCCAACAACCCUGACAUAAUAAAGGUGAUUAAGAAAAUUGGUCAAUACCUUAAGAUGAGUGUGACUGUGCCAGACGAGUACAUUGAAGGGUUCACCAGGGCGAAUAACACCUUCCUUUACCAGCUGGUCUUUGACCCAAUCACCAGACGACUUGUUCCUUUGAACCCAUACCCAGAUGAUAUUGACCCUAAAUCACUAAGCUACGCCGGGCACCACAUUGGGGAUAAAGAUGCUUUUCAAAUUGCUCUUGGGAAUGUGAAUAUCAACAACAUGGAAAGGAUUGAUGAUUACAACCCAGAUACUGCGAAGCCUGUGAAACCAAAGAGCCGUGGUUGGAAUGACCGGAGUGCUCCUUGUGAGCUCAGUAUAUGGAGUCAGGGCUAUUCACCUGCUGGCAGCCUCCUAACGAGCUUCCAAUCUCAGUCAAAGACUGAGGUAUCUCCAGAGAAAGCCUCUACCAAAGGACUAGCGAAGGUGAUCAGUACUAAGGGAAUAAAGCUGCCAAGCAGGGAGAAGCUGGCCAAGAGGGCAAGGGAGGAAAAUGGUAUCUCUGAGACAGACCUGCUCAGUCAGUAUUCAUUCUCGGGGACCAAAAGGUUUAAGAAAGAAGAGGCUGAAGUUCCACAAAGCAGUGAGUCCCCUGGACAAGGCACUGGAAAGAGCCCUCGGGUAGAGAAUGUCUGCCCUUCAGCUGAGAAGCUCGGCUCGCAGCCCAGGGUGCGAAACAGGUUUGCCACACUGCUGCAAAGGAGGAACCAAGAGGAAGGGGACACUGACGUGCCAGUGACACGUAGCAGGUUCUUCUGUAACUCCAGUUCUAGCGGAGAUUCUGGAGUCAAACAGGAAAGUGCAGUAAAAUCUAAGAUGGGGGACUCCAGUCAGUCUAAUGAGACCCCUGACUUGCUGACAUUGAUAGACAUUGACAGUAAAGAGACGGAAUCCAGGAAACCUGGACUCGCUAGCCCCAGUCCCCAAAGCUUUCCAUCUUCUCCCUCAGGGAGAGGUACAGGGAUCUUAGGCUGGUCAGGAAGUCUAGCUGAGAAAGCAGAGGCUUGCUCCUUUUCUGGUAUCUCUUCACUGCAGCAAUUCCAUAGGAAUAAGGACAGCAGCCCCUACUGGGGCAAACCACACCCAGAACCCUCUGCGUUAUUAAAUAAACUGAGUGAAGAGGAUCACCCUUGCCAGAAAGCAGAAGAAUCAGACAAGGAGGACCAUCCCAGGAGUGGAGGAAGCUCCCCUCAGUCUCUGGGUUCAGACAGCCUGUCUCAGGGCAGCCUGACCUCUGGUGGGGAACCUCCAUUUUCCCAGAUAUCCCAAAGGAGCACAGAUUUUAUUGAUAUAAAUAGUCAAGAAUUUAAUGCUAGUGAACAUGCCAGUCGCUCCCCUGAACUGAAUGAAAAGAAGUCUAGCAGUACCAAGACCAAGGUCUCGGGGUUGCUCAGAGACAGUCCUUCUUGUUCAGAAAAGACCAGUAAAAUCAAGCUCUCCAGGCCAGCCAAUGCGAGCGGGCUCAGUAAGAGGUCCUCUCAGAAGAAGAAGGCCAGGGUCAAUGACGAGAACAAACCAGGCUUGCAGGUCACAAUCAGUGACUUGUGGAAGAAUUUUAGAUUUAAAAAAGGACAAGAAAAGGUUAGUCCUGCCAAGAAAGCUGAACCCAUGUCCCCGGUUAAGGACAAUAGUCAAGCUCUCACUCCAGACACUGACAAGGACAUCUUCAAUGAUCCAGAGUGUUCGCAUGUUCAGAGAGCCAUUUUAUGCUGAUGGUCUUCUAGCAUUCUUAUUAAAUGCAAUGGUUUAUAUUCUACAUGAUUUUUUAAAUGUUUAACUUUUUUUUACAGGGUUCUUGGGGAGGGGAUCUGUCAA